AUGUCGGAGUUUUAUUCUUUUGCACCAAUAGAUCAGGAUGGAAAUACAUUCCCCUUUGGCUCCUUACGUAACAAAGUGGUGCUGAUAGUUAAUGUAGCAUCGCACUGCGCAUUUACGCCUCAAUAUAAGGAGUUAGAGUACUUGUACGAGAAAUACAAACCAUACGGUUUAGUGAUCAUAGCCUUCCCUUGUGGUCAAUUUGGAAAUCAAGAGUUUGAGAAAGAUGACGAAAUUAAUAAGUUUUGUCAGAAUAAAUUUGGUGUAACCUUCCCUAUCUUACAUAAAAUCCGUUGUAAUGGCCAAAAUCAGGAUCCCGUCUACAAGUUCUUGAAGAAUUCGGUAAGGGGACAAUCUGGAAUAAAAAUGAUAAAGUGGAAUUUUGAAAAGUUUUUGGUAGACAGAAAUGGAAAAGUGAUCAAGAGGUUUUCAUGCAUGACUAGGCCACUAGAACUGUCUCAACUUAUCGAGGAAUUGCUGAGCCAAUCACAGAAGGAAGAUGCUUGA